GGGGAGCAUCGCAGGUCAGCCUGGGGCCUCACCUGGCCUGAGAGCCUCCAGGAUGCACUGUCACUCCCUACCUGCUGCUGUUGAGCCAUACAUCCAUUUGGAGCUUGGAGAAACAGGAAAGGGCAAGGAUCCGACGUUAAGGCAGAGCAAGGAAGCCACAAUUCUGACCUGCCAGUUUGAGGGUGAGGAGUUUCCCAGGGCGUCAGAAACAUGGCCUGGAGUAUCUAAAGUAGCAGAGUGCCAGGGUCCUCAAACGCGGCAAAGUAGAGGGUCGCGGGACCUAAGGGCUCCUCUAGCUCAGCGGGUCUCCUCCCUCCCAGGCUCAGGUCUGGCCCUCCCGCAGCAGGUGGUCCCUCUGGGGGCCACCCCCCUGGAUGGGGUGGGGGGGGGGGAGGUACAGGAUCCCAAGGCUUCCCCCAGGGAAGGAGGGAGAGGGCGGGGCGGCAGCGAAGGCCCAGGAUAAAAGGGGCGGAGGCGCCGCUCCGGGCCCAGCCAGCCCACCAUGCAAGCCCCCCGUCUGCCCUGGUUCUUCCUGCACGCCUGGUGGGCCCUGCUCCAGGCGGGCGCCGCGACCGUGGCCCCGUCGCCCCUCCGUACGCGGGGGCAGCCCUCGUCGCCAUCCCCUCUAGCGUACAUGCUGAGCCUCUACCGCGACCCGCUGCCCCGGGCGGACAUCAUCCGCAGCCUGCAGGCGCAAGAUGUGCAUGCCGAUGGGCAGAACUGGACCUUUGCUUUUGACUUCUCCUUCCUGAGCCAAGCGGAGGAUCUGGUGUGGGCUGAGCUCCGGCUGCAGCUGGCCGGCCCUGUGGACCUUCCCCCUGGCGUGCUGCCCUCCAUCGAGAUUUUGCACCAGCUAAAGCCGGAUGCGGAGCAGGACCCAGCCGACUGCCGGGAGCGUCUUCGGAUGGACUCGUUCACUGUUCCUCUGUCCCAGAUGACCUUUUCCUCAGGCAGCAUGGUCCUGGAGGUGACCAGGCCUCUCUCCAAGUGGCUGAAGCACCCUGGGGAGCUGGCGGAGCAGGCGUCCAGUUUGGCCACAGAGUGUCCGCAGCAGCCUCCCGUGCCGCCGGUCGCCAGUGCGCUCCUCGUGCUCUACUCCAACCUCUCCCCGGAGCAGAGGCGGCUGGGUGGCUCCACCUUGCUGUGGGAGGCGGAGAGCUCCUGGCGGGCCCGAGAGGGACAGCUCUCCCAGGAGAGGGGCCGGAGGCACCGCCGACACCACUUGCCGGACAGAAGCCAGCUGUGUCGGAAGGUCAAGUUCCAGGUGGACUUCAACCUCAUCGGAUGGGGCUCCUGGAUCAUCUACCCCAAGCAGUACAACGCCUACCGUUGUGAGGGCGAGUGUCCUAACCCUGUGGGGGAGGAGUUCCAUCCCACCAACCACGCAUACAUCCAGAGCCUGCUGAAACGAUACCAGCCCCACCGAGUCCCUUCUACCUGCUGUGCCCCAGUGAAGACCAAGCCGUUGAGCAUGCUGUACGUGGACAAUGGCAGAGUCCUUCUAGACCAUCACAAAGACAUGAUUGUGGAAGAAUGUGGGUGCCUUUGAGGAGAUCCUGGUGGGAGCUGGAUUUGCCUGUACCCUGGGAAGGUUCUAGAAGGUUCGGGAAGGUCCUAGAAGACACGAUAGCCGUCUAACCCAAUGAGGAGAGUGGGGGGAAGUGUGCUCUGCCUGCCAGAUGUGAGGAGGAAGGCGUCCACUCUGUAAAGGAAGGUUCCUGCGGUCAGGAGAGAGGGCAAGCCUGUGGAAGCAGGCUUGUUGGGUUUUCUCUUUACUGAAGAGACAGUGGUGAAUAAAAGCACUAGCGAAAAGGGUUCUUUGACUUUUUAACCUGUGAACCCCCAGAAAUUAUAUGCAAACGUUGGGGCAUACGUGCAUUCAUUUUUGAGGUGGGACAGAUUAUCUACAACUUUUAUGUAUUCUCAAAAGUGGUCUUUGACCACCCCUGCCAAGAUUGAGUUCACUGUGUUAAAUUAAAAACAGUUGGCUCAAGGGGCGCCUGGGUGGCUCAAGUUGGUUUGGCUAAGCGCCCUACUCUUGAUCUCAGCUCAGGUCUUAAUCUCAGGGUUGUGAGUUCAAGCCCCACUUUGGGCUCCACGCUGGGUGUGAAGCCUACUUCAAAAAUAAAAAAAUAAAUAAAUUAAAAGACAAUAAUAAAGAGUUGGCUCUUAUUGCCUCCGGCUGGUGGAGGGGAGCCCCCGCAUCUUUCAGGCUGGCCAGUGGCAAUCUGUCGGCCUUGU